UGUGUAAUGAUGUCGGAUCCAAAUAUGGUAAUUUCCUUUUCAUAAGCAUCCAAUUGUGAAAGUAAAAGGGGGGAUUUAACUCUAAAUGCGCAAUCUCAUUGGCUGAUGAACACUUCCGCGGUAGUUCAGAAUGUCGAAAGAAUUGCGUCAAAAACGGUUGUUAUAAGCGAGAAGACCCAGCAGGGGAUUACACACUAAGACAGCAGAUGAUGAAAUACCUUCACAUAGUACGCCGAUGUGUCAACUGUCGUUCAGAAAACAGGAGUGUUCAGACAGCGGAGACCUGACUACGUUGAUAAUGCAUCCUGGAGAUGAUGUCACUCUACCAUGUCAGGUUGCUGAUUCCUCCAUCAGUGCUGUACAGUGGACCAGAGCUGACCUGAAGCCAGAUAUCGUCCUCUUAUACAGAGAUGGACGCUUGGAUCCAACCCAGCAGCAUCCAUCCUUUAAGGACAGGGUGGAGCUGGUGGACACAGAUCUGAAGGACGGAGACAUGUCUUUAAUUCUGAUGAAUGUGAACAUCAACGACACUGGAAUAUACAAGUGUGGAGUUACAACCAGUAAUUCAACACCUACAGAGAGCGACAUCGAACCAAUCAUAGUCCAUCUGUACGUUAGAGAGCCAGCAGGUCCUAAGGAUGGAAACUCCUCUCCUGGAGGCCGAGACCAUGGACUGGCAGCAGGUGUUCUGCUUCUUGUAGCCUUUGUUGCGGUGGCUGGUGUCCUGAUGUAGAAAAGACAUAAAGUCUAAGCUCUUUACACCUGACUGCUUUCUCAUGUGCUGUAUUAUAUACAACAAGAUUCUCAUUACUGCUGUGGGUGUGAAGUCAUGUGCAGAUCUGAUAUUUGGUCAGUUUGCCCUCUAACAGAAAAUGUUUCUUUAGUUGUAAAUAUCAGCAGAUGGAUAUCUUCUAAUCAGGUGUAAAGAGCUCUUCAACAUGUCAUCUGCUUGUGUGUUUUGGUAAUAAUACAUUUUACAGUGUUUCCCACAGAUGUGUUCCCACAGUGUGUGUAUGUGUGUCCCAAGUGACAGAGAGACGGAGAAAAGCAGGGAAAGGAUAUGCAGAAGAAUGUAUUUUAAAUAGCAUUUAAAAAUAAAAAUCCAUAAUAAUAACGAAACUCAAUGUGCGGCAGCCCGUGUUGAUAGUGAGGCGGACCACCACACAUUAGCCUACGUGUGGGAACACUGUUUAUAUGGAGGGGAUUCUAAAUGCUUGUUUUCUGUUCGGCCAUAUAAAGCCUUGUGUUGCUAAGUGUUAUAUUUUCAGCUAAUGAUUUAAUAUCCACUAACUGUUGAUGAUUUAAACUGAGGAGUUGAUGACAUUGUGAGUAUUGUUGUUAUUGUAAUAAUAAAAUCAUCUGGUGCAGCUCAGAAUAUCUCAGAGGGACAUAGAGGACGAGUCUGUCUCUAAAUAAGACCUUAAACUGGAUUAUUAUCUAUGAAGUAUUAUUUAAAUGAUGUUUGCCAAAGGAAAUGUUAUGAAAUGUUAACUAUACCAAAGUGAUGAUCUUUGAAAUCAGUUGAUAAUUAUUUAAUAUGAGUCAAUGGAUGAUAUAAUAAUCAUUAAUGAGACAUGAUGGAAGUUGAUAACUCAGUUUUAACAUUCAGAUACAUUAAUGCGCCUUAAACUGUUUUAUUUUAAUAAAUUCUUUAUAUUUGGAUCCUCAA